CUUUAAAGCACGAUACGUCGAGUCACACCACAACAAUUGGAGCCAUUGACAGUGUUGCGUGCAGCUUGGAGGCUGUGGCACAGUGGACGUCCCUCGAGAGACUGAGCAGCGUGGUUGGGACGCUAAGAUACACCAAGACGAACAAACAGACAGACCGCCAUGGCCCUCCGAACGCUCUUUGGCCGAAGCGCGUCUCAGAAGACAUUCUUCGCGACAUCGACCACGACGACAUGGAGUACCAGCGCAAGAAGACUGUACAGCCUCCGCGCUCCCGAUUCCAGCGAUCCUCGCUUGAGCACCAUUGACGCCAGCCAACUGUCCGUCACCACCACCACCACACCCAAAGAGAUCACGCCCAAUGCAGACCUCGUCUUCGGCCGCGCCUUCACCGAUCACAUGCUCUCCCUCGAAUGGACGGCUUCGGAUGGCUGGCUAGCACCUCGCAUCACGCCAUAUCAGAACCUGUCACUGGACCCGGCGACAUGUGUCCUACACUAUGCGUUUGAAGCGUUCGAGGGCAUGAAAGCCUACAAAGAUACGCAGGGGAGAGUGAGGUUGUUCAGACCAGACAAGAACAUGGCAAGAUUGAACAAAAGUGUUGCGAGAAUUGCGCUGCCGACGUUCAAUGGGGAGGCGGUGAUUGAACUGCUGAAGAAGUUUGUGAAGCUGGAGGAGAGGUUUAUCCCAUCACAAAAGGGUUACAGCCUCUACAUUCGACCCAACAUGAUAGGCACACAGCGAACACUCGGCGUUGGUCCUCCAGGUAGUGCCAUGCUGUACGUGAUCGCCUCUCCUGUCGGACCGUACUACCCGACGGGCUUCAAAGCCAUUUCUCUGGAAGCCACCGAUUACGCCGUGCGAGCCUGGCCAGGUGGCGUAGGAGCCAGCAAACUGGGCGCCAACUAUGCACCCUGCAUCGUACCUCAAAUGCAAGCAGCCACUCGAGGCUUCCAUCAAAAUCUCUGGCUGUUCAAAGAUACCGAUCCCACAACAGGAGUCGAAGAAGAUUUCGUGACGGAAGUCGGCACGAUGAACUUUUUCGUCGCCAUUCAACACAAGAACGGCGAGAAGGAACUCAUGACCGCACCUCUCGACGGCACCAUUCUCGACGGCGUCGUUCGAGAUUCCGUUCUUGCCCUGGCGCGCGAGAGAAUGGUCCCGCAAGGCUGGAAAAUCUCCGAAAGAAGAUUCCACAUGCGUGAGCUCGCCGAGGCAGCAAAAGAAGGUCGCUUAUUGGAAGUCUUCGGUUCGGGAACGGCUGCGACAGUGUCGCCCGUGAGAGCAAUCUCCUACAAGGGUGAACUGGUCGACUGUGGUCUCCCAGCUGGCAAAGAAUUCGGUCCUGUUGUGGAGCAGAUGAAGAACUGGAUCGAAGGCAUUCAGUACGGCGAGGAAGAUCAUCCAUGGUCUGUUGUUGUGUAAAAAAAAAACAUGAUACACAAGGUACAUACAUUACCCCCCGUGGUGUGUGUCUUGCAAACAGACAUGCAUGAACAGGUCGAGACAUUGUAUUAUACAAUAAUUCAACUUCUCUCGAACAGUGGUGUCCACCUAUGCGAUUCCCACGUGUGCCUGACGACGGUACAUGUACCUUGGUGUAAGAUGGGACCGUCAGGUUACCUAUUUACUGUAGAUAAGAGGCAAAUAUAAAGAGCG